AAUCAAAUCAAAUGUCAAAACUCAAAAAAAAGGGAAAAAAAUACAUAAUUUGUGUUUGUAUUUUUUAAGCGACAUUCGUUGAGACUGAGUUAUUUUAAUUUUCCAAGAUAAUGAUGAUUAUAAUAUUUAUAUAUUAAUGCUAGUUUAAAGUGAUCCUGAUCUGUGAUUUAAAUUUUAAUGUAAAGCUAAUUAAUGGGUUACAGAAGAAGUGUUUUACAUUAAUAUAAUAUUUAAAAAAAACAUUUACUUUAAAAUAAGGAUGUCAGCUUCUGUUUUGGUAAAGUUAUUACUUUUGGAAGAGGCGAGACGAAUUGACAUGCUGAGAAGAAGGCGAAAGCGCUUCAAAAUUCGUAGUCUUCGUCAGCUAUCGACGGAUAAAGACUACAUCCGAAUUUAUAGGCUUAAUUUCGAGCUGAUAAAAGACCUAGAACACGAUUUAGCCCAAUAUCUUCCGCCGGAGCCCAGUCGUAGCGACGGUGUCGAUAACAGAACAAAGCCGUCUGCUUCGCGUGCUAUCCGUGCUGUGGUGAACGCCUUGGCCCACCCUGGAUUUGUGAAGAAACACAUAAGACUUCCACAUAAUGUCAAUGAGCGGUCAUAUGUAAAAGAAAGAUUUUUCAAAAAAUUCCACAUCCCUGACAUAUUAGGAUGCAUUGACAGCUUUUUUGUGACAAUGGUACGCCCAAAAGAAGACGAUGAGCAAUUCAACUGUGGAGAGGGAUAUCAUUCCAGAAAAUUAACCAUUAUCACAGACAGUGACUUAAAUAUUCUAUAUGUAGAUGUUAAACAUGGUGGAGCUACUCAGGCUAAUUUCAUUUUUGAAAAUAGUACUAUAAGAACACAUUUAGAAAAACUGACAAAUGAGGGAGAAACUCUGUACCUACUAGGUGAUUCAAAAUAUACACAAAGACCCUACGUGAUGACCCCAUAUGGUAACCCAAAAACCGACGCACAAAAAUAUUAUAAUAAACUCCACAACACUGCUAAAAACACUGCAGAAAAGACUUAUAAAGUACUCAAAGCGAGAUUCAAAAGUCUCUUAGUACACAGGGUGUUCCAUUAUGAUCCAGAUAUGGUAGCAAAAAUUGCUACAGCGUGUUGUGUGUUGCACAACAUAUGCAAUAGAUCGGGGUUGCCAGUUCCAUCGCUGGAGGAGGAUUUACGGAAGCGGGAAAUGGAAGUUUUAAAUAAACUGAAGCAAAAUAGAAGCAAUGAUUUAGAUGAAGAGUGUAGGUUUAGGGAUGAACUUGCUGAUCGGUUGUGGUGUGAAAGGUGAUUUUUGAAUUAAAACUCUUUAUAAGUCUCAUUCGCACGAGGGUUUUUCUUACGGGCGUUAAAAAGCGUUCAAAUAAUAUAAAUAUAAUUAUGAAAGUCUAUUUCCAUCGCCCAAAAUUGAAAAUGCAACACUGCUCUAAAAAAAGCGUUGUGUUUUAAAAACUCUGUCGUGUGAACAUAUAUGUACUUGGGAAUGCAUUUGAAUCCUUUUUUAACAUUCGUUUAAAAAACUCUCGUGCGAAUGAGUGCUAAUAGGGCGAGGCGAACAGACGUUGAGAGGAGUUGGAGAGCUAAAGAAGUUUUAUUUUAGUCCUGUUGUCACACUAGUUUUCUUUUACAUUUCAGUUUGUAGUAAUUUUUUUUUAUAUUUUCAGCUGUCGUGUUUUUUUUUAUUUCUGCUGAAGUGCUUUUUAUUUUCAGCUAUAGUGUUUUUUUUUAAAUUUUAGCUGUAGUGCUUUUUUAAUUUGAGCUGUUGUGUUUUUAUUUAUUUUAAGCUGUAGUGUUUUAUUUUUUAUUUAAAACUGUAGAGCUUUUUUAAAUUCAGCUAUGGUGCUUUUAUUUAUUUUAAGCUAUAGUGUUUUAUGUUUAAUUUCAGCUGUAGUGAUUUUUAUUUUUAGCUACAAUGUUUUUUUAAUUUUGGCUGUAGUUAUUUAUUUUCAGCUGUGGUGCUUUUUAAUUUCACCUGUAGUGUUUACUUUUAAAUUUCAGCUGAAGUGGUUUUUUUUUUAUUUCGACUGUAGUGAUACUUUUUCUUAGUGACUGAUACACAUGACUCUGUAUCUCAAAAUAUACUGAACCAAUUGUGAUGAGACUCGCACUUAUGCCUACAUUGAAGUAUGGCUAGGACAACCAAAUAAAAUGUAAUGUUGUAAUGUACAUUGCUAAUAACCCUGUGAUAAAAUUAGAAGUAAUAUUGAAUAAGUGAAUAAAAAUAUAAAUUACAA